GAGGUAAGAUGGUAAAUUUUCAAUCUAUUCAACAACGUUUUACUGGGUUACCAAUUAUUAGAGCUAGAUAGAUUUUCUUACCAAAAUGGGAAGUAUUGAGAGUCAAUCUAUCGUUAGACAGCCAUUGUUAUAUAUACCACUACCAUCACAGCUCACAAGUUCAUACAAAACUCAAAGUCUAAUACCUCUAAGUUAAUACUAAAAAGAAGUAAUAAUGGGAAGUACUGAGAGUCAAGAAACACAUGUUCUAUUGGUAGCCCUACCGUACCAAGGUCACCUCAAACCAAUGCUCAAAUUCGCCAAACUUCUGUCACGACCGAACCUGCACUUCACUCUCGCCACCACCGAGCAAGCCCGCGACCUCCUCUCGACCGCUGAAGAAGAUGAACAACCUAGCCCGGUGGACCUCGUUUUCUUUCCAGACGGUCUACCCAAAGACGACCCAAGAGAUGCAGAUUCUCUCAUCGUGUCGUUGAGAAACGUCGGAGCCAAGAACUUGUCUAAAAUCGUCGAAUCAAAGAGAUUCUCUUGCAUCAUCACCGUACCAUUUGCUCCAUGGAUUCCAGGUGUUGCAGCUGCAUACAACAUCCCUUGUGCACUCCUCUGGAUCGAAGCUUGUGCAGCUUUCUCGGUUUAUUACCGUUACUACAUGAAGACGAACACUUUCCCCGACAGUUUCGAAGAUCUGACACAAACAGUCGAGUUACCAGGUUUGCCAUUGUUGGAAGUUGGAGAUCUCCCUUCAUUUCUUUUACCUUCUGCAGGAAGUCACCUAAAUAACCUAAUGGUGGAUUUCGUCGAAUGCUUGAGAACUGUGAAAUGGGUUUUGGUUAAUUCGUUUUACGAACUCGAAUCAGAGAUAAUCUGUUCCAUGUCUGAGUUGAAACCGUUGAUCCCUAUCGGUCCUCUGGUUUCCCCAUUUCUGUUGGGAGCUGAAGACAAAACCCCAAAUACCGGUGAAUGUAUGGAGUGGCUUGACAAGCAAGCUAGGUCUUCGGUUGUGUAUAUAUCUUUCGGAAGUUUGAUAAAAUCAUCGGAGAGCCAAGUGGAGAGCAUUGCAACGGCGCUGAGGAACAGAGGAGUUUCGUUUCUCUGGGUGAUUAGACCUAAGGAGAGAGCCCAAAACGUCGACGUUUUGCAGGAGAUGGUUCAAGAAGGACAAGGGGUUGUUAUCGAGUGGGGUCCUCAAGAAAGGAUCUUGAGCCACGCGGCGAUCUCUUGUUUUGUUACACACUGUGGGUGGAACUCGACGAUAGAGACGGUGGUGAGUGGCGUUCCGGUGGUGGCGUACCCGAGUUGGAUCGAUCAGCCGCUUGACGCGAGAUUGCUUGUGGAUGUGUUCGGAAUGGGAGUGAGGAUGAGGAAUGACGCUGUAGACGGCGAGCUUAACGUCGCGGAGGUUGAGAGGUGCAUUGAGGCUGUCACGGAAGGACCCGCCGCGGAGGAUAUGAGGAGGAGAGCGACGGAGCUGAAGAAUGCAGCGAGAUCGGCGUUGGAGCCUGGUGGUUCGUCAGCUCGGAAUGUGGACUUGUUCAUCGCCGAUAUCACUGUCACCUGACUAUGCUUUGCUUUGAAUUACUCUCUUUAAACCGGCGUUAACCGGAUUUCAGUUUUAGUAUUUGAACCAACUGUUCAUUGAAAUGAGUAAUUGGAAUAAUCAAUAAAAGUAUUAUAUCUUAAGUUCUUCAUCCAGUUCGAUUCUACAAAACCUGUUUUCUACAUUGUAAAAUUGACUACAUAAUUACAUAUCAAGCUUUACUGAUCCAAAUAAUGAGUAAAAACAAGAUAGUGACAAUAGCUAAUUU